CAGAGGAGCUUGGUUGCUGUUUCUAAUUGUCAGUAGGUGGCAUUGUGAGUUUACGGUAACUCCUGGGGACUGUUGGUGGAGAAAACAGAUUUUAUUCCUUAUCAGCUGAGAGCUAGUAAAAGCAGGUGAUGCGGGGAGUGCGUGUGUGAGGGGGGAUCAAUGAAAAUUCUGGUUCUCAAAUUCUGUCCUUUUGAGGGCUCUGUGUGCAGCCAAGACUUCUCAUCAGCAGAAUCAUCCUUUUAUCACUGUCCAGCUGUAGCUUCAGGAUCCACUGGGCAUCUUCCUGCUUCUGUUGGAAUUCAAUAGAGAGCUCGUCUUGUGACUUCGCCCACGACAGGUUGUGCUUUCACUAGCUAUUGAGAACCAUGUCUGACAACGGAGAACUGGAAGACAAGCCACCAGCUCCUCCUGUCCGGAUGAGCAGUACUAUCUUCAGUUCAGGGGGCAAAGACCAGUUGUCUGCCAACCACAGCUUGAAGCCCCUGCCCUCUGUACCAGAAGAGAGAAAACCUAGGAAUAAAAUCAUCUCCAUAUUCUCUAGCACUGAAAAAGGAAGCAAGAAGAAGGAAAAGGAAAGGCCAGAAAUCUCCCCACCAUCAGAUUUUGAGCAUACGAUCCAUGUUGGCUUUGAUGCUGUUACUGGAGAGUUCACUGGAAUGCCAGAACAAUGGGCUCGGUUGCUUCAGACCUCAAAUAUCACAAAGUUAGAACAGAAGAAAAACCCCCAGGCGGUACUAGAUGUGCUGAAAUUUUACGACUCCAAAGACACAGCAAAACAGAAGUAUCUGAGUUUUUCUGCUCCAGAAAAAGAUGGUUUCCCUUCAGGAACACCAACGACCAAUGCCAAAGGUUCAGAACCAUCAACAGCUGUGGCAGAUGAUGAUGAGGAUGAUGAAGAAGCUCCUCCCCCUGUUAUUGCUCCACGGCCAGAUCACACAAAAUCGAUUUAUACACGGUCUGUAAUUGACCCCAUCCCUGCACCAGCCAGUGACACUUCUGUUGACAGUGUGACGAAAUCAGGUGAUAAGCAGAAAAAGAAGACCAAAAUGUCAGAUGAAGAGAUCAUGGAAAAACUAAGAACUAUUGUGAGCAUAGGAGAUCCCAAGAAAAAGUACACCAGAUACGAAAAAAUCGGACAGGGGGCUUCAGGUACAGUUUUCACAGCUAUUGAUGUGGCAACGGGCCAGGAGGUUGCUAUUAAACAGAUAAACCUGCAGAAGCAGCCUAAAAAGGAAUUGAUUAUUAAUGAGAUCUUGGUAAUGAAGGAACUAAAGAACCCCAACAUAGUCAACUUCCUGGACAGUUACCUCGUAGGAGAUGAAUUGUUCGUGGUGAUGGAGUAUCUAGCUGGAGGCUCACUAACAGAUGUGGUCACAGAAACAUGUAUGGAUGAAGCACAGAUUGCUGCUGUUUGCAGAGAGUGCUUGCAAGCACUUGAGUUCCUACAUGCCAACCAGGUCAUCCACAGAGACAUUAAGAGCGACAACGUGCUGUUAGGAAUGGAUGGAUCAGUUAAACUAACCGACUUUGGUUUCUGUGCUCAGAUCACCCCAGAGCAGAGCAAGCGCAGCACUAUGGUUGGAACUCCUUACUGGAUGGCUCCUGAAGUGGUCACACGGAAAGCAUACGGCCCUAAAGUGGAUAUCUGGUCUCUGGGUAUCAUGGCAAUUGAAAUGGUGGAAGGAGAACCCCCAUACCUCAACGAAAACCCCCUGAGGGCUUUAUAUUUGAUAGCAACUAAUGGCACACCAGAGCUGCAGAACCCUGAGAAACUGUCCCCAAUAUUCCGGGAUUUCUUGAAUCGAUGUUUGGAGAUGGAUGUAGAGAAAAGAGGAUCAGCCAAAGAAUUGCUACAGCAUCCCUUCUUGAAACUGGCCAAACCUCUGUCUAGCUUGACGCCACUGAUCUUGGCAGCCAAAGAAGCAAUGAAGAGUAACCGCUAACAUUACUGCCACAGCCUUCAUCCUUUUUUUUUGUUUGUUUGUAUUUUACAAAUCUUUAUAAUAUAUGAAAUUGUUACACUUCUGGGAGGAGGGAAGGGAUUUUUUGGGGGGGAAAACGUCUGCAAAAGGGAAGAAACUCUCAUCCAGAAGACACCCAAAAUCAGUUGUGGUGACUCUAGCGAUCCCUGUCUGGGGUCCAGAAGAAAUUGAGGACUGAAAUACUGGCCUUUUUUUUUUUUUCUUUUUUUAAAUUUCAGACAGCCCAGAAAUGCCACUUACUGUGCCCAGGGUUUUAAGGGUUUUUAACAGCUUCGCUGUAACAGCUCCCGUUCAUUGUACCCUUCUGGGUACUUUCAAUACUUGAAUGACAGAUUCAAGCUUUCGGAGAGCAGUACUAAUUUUACCUGCUGAUCUCUUUCACUAUCCUCUUCCUCCCCUCUACCUGUUUACUUUUAAAUUGCUCUAGUAAGCUCUCAUAUGACUAGAUGUACAGCAAGUGUGACAAAUGUGAAGGUACAUUUUGCCCCUCACUUUUACAGUUUAGCUGUCACUGUACUGUAGAAUUGACAACUUGGCCACUUAAAAAAAAAAAAAUCGUAAUGUAUUGAGAUGUUUUUCACUUUUUAAGACAAAUAUGGGGAGAGGGAAGAGGAGUAUUCAGCUGUUUCUCAUAUGCCUGUGCUCUGUGGACUUUUAAUGAAAGAUGUGGCCUCUUUGUAGAAACUUGAUUGGUCAAGUCUUUGGAUGUCGGUUUAUGGAUAUGUAGGUAGGGGUCAGAUACUUUAUUUAUGAUCAAAUGAUCAGCUAUAGUCAGGGCAAGAAAAAAAUUCCAGCUGUCUUCCUGUCUGCUCUUUUUUUCCCAUUAGACUUGCUGGCCAGAAGCUUAAGGGAUAAUGUGCUUGAUGCGGUGGGUGGUUCAAAAACAUGUAUUGUAUCUGUGCUCUGACUUGGGCUUUGGAAGUUAUGCUGGUGCCUUUGACUUUUUUAUUUUACGUUUCCCUUCUUUGUAUCAAAUACAUUUUUGUAUAUGUUGUAAUUUUUUCCCCCAAGCAAAUAAUGCAUCAACCUACGGAGUUGUCAGAGUUUAAGUAUUAGAGCUAUUUUUUCCAAUUUUUGUAUGUGCUCCAUUUGUACUAAUGAAAUCAGAAGAACAAAUAAUCGGAUCUGAGGACACUGAAGAUGCAGGAUUUUUUUAAAUAGGAUUCAAACAGAAGAGUAUGAACACCUGGAAACGCCAAUGCCCUGUUGUGAGAAGAUGAAAGCUGAGGGGAGAACAGUGCUGUCAGAUGUUCAUGGGGCUUAGUUGACCGGCUAGUUCAAGGCUGAGGAGACGUGACGUGCCACACCGAUCCUUUCUCACUACGGACAUUGUACCAGCUAGAAUGGCUGAAGUCAAACGUUCAAUGCAAGAAAAAAGUGCCUCCCUCUGAAGGACAGUGAGCAGCUUGAGCGGUUGAGUUCUUGGGGUGUUAGCAGGGGCAAGCGUGGAAGAGCUGGUGCCCCUGGCCGCUUCUAGCGCUACAGUCUAUGCAUUUCAGCUUCCCCAACAGUUUAACGAAGAGCCAACUGUAGUCACAAUGUGCCAAAUGAUUCUGUGAAAGAGAACCACCAUUACUUUAGUGGGAUUUUAUUGCAUCCCCAGUGGGGCAGGACCUGGGACAGAUAGGCUUGAGGCUGGGUAUGGAGAGAGAACCCUGAAUAAAUGUUUUUUUUUGCACACUUUUACAAACAUUGCUGGCAGGAAGGUAGAAGUAAUUCUCAGAUAAUUUCAGUGUUUGUAUAGCGAUAGAGGUAACUAUGGUUUGGGGACUGGUAGCCAAGGUAUGACAAAACCCACUUGCAGCUGGGAGCGGCCGGCCAGAGCAGUGGUGUUGGUGUUGGUGUUGGUGAUGGAGGGGAAGCGGGGCCGUGGUCUCCCUGCGGCUCGCUGGCUUCUAGGAAUCACUGUGGUACCAACAAGGCACCUUGUUGCGCAGGGCACUGCGGUAUCGUGGUCCAGCUUGUGCUCUGGUCUCGCGUGGUAGUGAGAAUUUACAUCAGGUCAUCGAUGUUAAAAUGGCUCCGUCACAGGAGUAAAUCCCGCUGGCUCUAAGCGUAAGAACAGUUACGGUUUUAAAUUCGAGGAAGCGUCUCCUUCCAGGCAAGGAAACCUAGAUGCAUUGCCAGGCAAAAUGUAUUGUGAGCCAUGGAUGCUGUGAACACUGUCAUGGUGAUACUCCCGGUCUGAGUGCAUAUGGCUCCCUUGUCAGAUGAAGUACCGAGGAGGCUUGGCUGAGAAAAAAACCCAACCCUGUUGUACCAAUGAUUCCCUCUUUGUCCAUUGCUGGCAAUGGACUUUGUGAAACUUCUUGUGCCAGAGUUAAACUGGGAGCUUUUCUUUCUUUCUUUCUUUUUUUUUUUUUUUUUUUUUUAAAUGGCACACUCUAGACAGUAAGAACUUGUGUUAAAUUUAGAUUUUUUUUUUUAAAAGAGAAAACCA